AUGCAAAAAGAGCUGGGAAAAAUAAUUGAUCAGGAGCUCCAAAAGAGCAAAUAAAGUGAGACCUCACUGAACAAAGAUAAAAAACAAUUUCAGAUGGUUCGCUUUGAGGAAUAUUUCUUAAAAAUGCUUGAAUUUCUAGAUGUCCAUUUAGAAGAUGAUUCUUAUGGAGUGGUUUAUUAUAAAGUCAAGAUUCCCAGCAAUUUCUCAAAAAUAAGAGAUUCAAACAUGAGACGCACUCAAUUAAUGACUCUAUUUGAAGUAAUGCCGAAGAAUGCUCUUAAAGGCUUUGAUGAAAGAGAGGCGAAAACUUUUCAGAUGAAAACACAAUUCUUUUAAGAUCUCCCAAUCUAAGAAGAUUUGAUCGGUAUGACUAGAAUAAUGUAAUUGGACGGGAACAUUGCCUUCACAGAAAGUUACAUUUUAAAUUCAAAAACGAAUGAACCUCUUGCUCACGGAAUUAUAAGUUUCAAGUUGAUUGACUAGAUUGCUAAAUUGUGA